AUGGCGUUGGGCUUGCGGGACGGAUCUGGCUGCUCGGAGAUCGGAGAAUGUGCGAUGUGCGUGAUCGGGAUUGGUGGCAAAGCGCAGAGAAGGAGUCAACAUCGUGGCAUGAACUACUCACAUCCCUCCCCAUCUCUCAGCGGCAAGCACUCUCCUCCUUCUCUCGCCUCGUCAGAUGGCUCACUUCAACGAAGCAAGAGUGCUCCAGAGCGAGUGUCAGCCUGGCUGCGUCGCCUCCAUCAGUCCUCGAGUCCACUCCGACCGGUCCAUAAUAUUCACCACCACCGGUCUCAUCUUGGAUUCAAAGAGUCCGAUGCUCUCUCCGUGGUCGACGAGGAUCCACCCUUGACGAUACAGACCAGUGCCGCGACUCGAUUGCUGAAUACCUUCACGGUCUGCGUCAACAUCUUGCUCCUGUUGCCGAUUGAGGACUUGCUGGCGUGUCGAAGAGUGAGCGGGACAUUCAAGGAUACCAUUGAGCAUUCGGAAGAGCUGAGGGAGAAGCUAUUUCUGGAACCAAAUCGGAGAAAUGCCCCUCGAGAAGAACGAAGGCCAGCAGUAAUACCAAAUCCGACACCACCGCCGCAGGUCGCAUUGAGGAUAGGCAACGGAGGCGAGAGCGUAGAAGGAGUGGUGUUCGCCUGUCAUCCUAGGGCGAGUUGGAACCAGCGUCAAGGUACCAUGUUCCUGACGCAACCUCCUGCACGGCGAAUCGAAAUCGCUUCUCCCCUCAGCCGAGCAGAACACAACAGUCGCCACCGUCAAGUCUAUCGCGAAGAUGGAGUGCGGUUCGGAGAUCUGAUUGCGGAGGUGAAGAGGAUGCCGACUUGGGGACUGCAGAGCUGUGCAAUCACUUCGAGACGAAGGAGCGUAAAAGGUUUUGUAGCGAAAGAGAUCGUGGCGACAUUCAGGUCUGUGCCGGAGAUGCGAGGAAGGGGGUAUCCCGAUGGUUCGACUGGCUCGCACGGGUCGUCGUCCUUGGAUGACGCCGGCAAGGAGGGAGCAGUCGGCGCCUGA